AUGACGUACAACUGAGACUUGUUGAUGUUAACCUACGAAGUUUCAUGUUGAAGAUGUUAUUGGUAUCAUCGUAAUUAAUCAGUAUAAAUUAUUACAAACGUACAAAAUGAGUAGUGCAGACGAAGGUACAACUAAAAUUAAAUUUAAGAAGAAAUUUAAGAAACCAAUAAGAAGGAGACAAGCAUCGUCAGAUGAGGACGACAAUAAGAACGAAGAAACAUCUGUCAGAGCAAAGGUUGAAGACUUGAAAAUUGUACAGAAGCUUAGAGAACGUCCGAAGGGUGUAAACAUUGUUGGUCUAGCACUGGGAGAGAAUGUAACUUCUGAUGUAAUGACUUCAGAUCCUUUUAAUAUAAAAACUGGAGGAAUGGUAAACAUGGCUGCAUUGAAAAAUACAAAACUAAAGCAAAGUGAUGCCUAUGAAACAGGAAUUGGUACACAGUUUAAUGCAGAAACCAAUAAGCGGGAUGAAGAUGAAGAAAUGGUAAAAUAUAUUGAAGAAGAAUUAUCAAAGAGAAAGAGCAAAAAUGAAGACAAAAUAGAAAACGGAUCGAGUAAUGAUAAAGGAUCCUAUUGUUCCCCAGAAGAAGCAGCAUUACAAGCUGUACCUGAACACCUGAGGCAAAGUUCAGCAAAUAGGAGUGAAGAAAUGCUCUCAAAUCAAAUGUUGUCUGGUAUUCCAGAAGUAGAUCUUGGAAUAGAAGCAAAAAUUCGCAAUAUUGAGGCUACAGAGGAAGCUAAGUUGAAGUUACUUUGGGACAGGCACAGAAAGAAGGAUGGUCCUUCACAAUUCGUGCCAACAAAUAUGGCUGUGAAUUUUGUACAACACAAUAGAUUUAAUAUAGAAGACACAGAUUUCCAAAAAUCAAAACAAGAUUCUGAUGAUAAAAAGAAAGUGACAACACCCAGAGAUGACACCAAAGGGAAGAGAAAGGACAAUGGAGAAAAAGCAACCGACGACUACCAUUACGAAAGGUUCAAAAAACAAUUCAGGAGAUUCUAA